AUGGUUGCUUUUUCUUCUUUGCUUUUGGCUCUUGGGGCGGGAUCUGUUGGUGCUUCUGUAUUGCCGGAUCUUGGGUUUGAGUGGUGUGGUCCGAAUAUUCAAGCUUCCCGGAAAGAAUGGGGCGAGUUGACUCCUGCCGAGCGAAUUGAGUAUACAGACGCCGUGCUGUGUAUGCAAACGCAGCCUCAGCAUCUCCCGAGAGAGGAGUUCCCCGGGGUUCGGAAUCGGUUCGACGAUUUUGUGGCAACUCAUAUCAACUACACCCUCAAUGUCCAUUACAGCGGUUUGUUUCUGCCAUGGCACCGACACUUCCUCUGGCUCUGGGAGACCGCGCUACAAGACGAAUGCGGAUACAAUGGACAACUCCCUUACUGGAACUGGCCCUAUUGGGCUGACAAUCUCGCUGCCAGUCCCCUCUUCGACUGCAGCGACAGCUCCCUCUCUGGCGACGGCGAAUACAACCCCGACGAACAAAGCAUCCAAGGCGGCAGCGUAACCCUACCAAGGGGCAGCGGCGGCGGCUGUGUCCGCUGCGGGCCCUUCAAAAACAUGGAACUCCACCUGGGACCCUUUUCACGGAAUAUAGCCUCGUUCACCGAAAUCCCAGCUCCAGGCUUCGAGUACAACCCCCGAUGCUUCAACAGAAGUCUGAACAACUUCGUAAGUACCAACUACAACAAUGAGACUAUCGUCGAUAGACUGCUCGCCUCGACCGAUAUCAUUGACUUCCAGACUGUGAUGGACCACUGGCCCGCCAACGCCGAAGGAGUUCUUGGCGUCCAUGGCGGCGGCCAUUUCAGUCUGGGCUCAUCGCUGCAAGAUCUUUUCGCUUCGCCGCAGGAUCCGGCUUUCAUGUUGCAUCAUGGCAUGAUCGAUCGAUUGUGGGGUCAAUGGCAGGCUCGGGAUGAACGGCAUCGCAGGUUCGCUCUAAAUGGCACUAGUACCAUCCUCAACCCGCCCGAUGGGAUUCCGGUAACUCUGGAUACGAACAUGGAGUUUGGAGUUCUUGAUCAGCCGCGAUCGGUUCGUGAUGCUAUGAACCCGACCAGAGCCGGUUAUUGUUAUUCGUAUACUUGA